AUGGAGGAGGGCAGCGGCGGCGGGGAGGGGAGCACGGGCGGGGGGAGGUUCCCGAUACUGCAGGCGGGCCGGGACCCCGAGUCCAACUGGGAGGUGGACGUCGCCAAGAGCCUCGAGGAGUACCUCCUCAAGAUCUGCUCAGGCGAGAUCUCCGGCGAAGACUUCAACUUCGCCGAAGCGGCGCUAUUGCUCCAAGGAUCGGUUCAAGUUUACAGCCGCAAGGUGGAGUACUUGUACUCGUUGGUGCUACAUGCACUGGAAUUUCUAUCGCAAAAUAAGCCAGAUCGACAAGAAAAGGGUUCUGCUGAAGCUAAUGAAAAUGACCCUAGCACUACUCCCAACAAAGAAGAUGAUAUGUUUCUGGGUUUGGAUGAUGUCCCAGCGGAAACAAGGACCACUUUGGAUAAUAAUCUUGACCGGGAUGACUUGCGAAGAAAAAUUGUGAGGCCACCAGCAAAUUUAUUGGUGUUCGAAGGAGACUGUGUCGAUAGCGAAGCCAGUGAGCUGGAUUCGUAUUUGUUAGCAACAUGUGGUUUCUAUGGAGAUUUCGUCCUGCUGGAUCCUUGUGAUGCACCAGCUGUUUUUGCCUUCCUGCAAGGAAAAAAAUCAUGCAAAGAAGAUAUUCUGCCUCAUAGAGGUGGCUCAGCACCAUCUAAAGCCCGACACAAAGCCUUCACUUCCCCAAAUGCAAGAUCAGGGGGUACUGCUCGUAGAAAAACUCCUGGUGAAGUCCUGGGAAAUGCAGUUCAACCGGAGAUUGAAAAACCUCAAGAAAUGAAUCCAGGUAAAAGUCCAGCGAAAGACUGGAGUGAUCAUCCUGGUGACCUUACUCCUGAUCCCAGCAUGUCCCAGCCAGAUUAUGUAGACCCUGGAUCCCCAGAUCCUGGGGAUGAUUCCGAUGACGAGGAUCCUUAUAAAUCUUUGGAUCCACAUGAACCUGGCAACCUAAAGAUCAAUAAGAGAGUAAAAUGUUUUUCAAGGCAAGUUAUUGGCGCUCCUGAGAAGAAAACUCUUGCAUAUGUAUUUCCUGUUGCAAGGGUGGACAAUGUUGUUAGUCCCGAGCUAACAAAAUAUUUUGCAGUACAUAUUUCUCAGCAGGAAAAACUCGAUGUCUCCCAAUCAGUUUAUGAAACGCUUAGGAUGUCAUUUGAAACUGGUGACGAAAAGUGUGAAACAGUUGGAGAUCCAAAGGAUGACAAUCAUCCCAAUCCUAGUGUGCAUUAUUUCAGUGACGAUGAUGAGCCAGACAUCCCAAAUGAUCCAGAUGUUCCAUAUCCAGAUGAUGAGCCUGACAUCCCAAAUGAGCCUGCAGUCAAUAAGAGUGAUGAUGAGGGUCGAGUUACACAGCGGAGAUUGGUUGAACAUAAAAGACUUGCGGAUUUAUGUCAGUCGCAUCUGAAGGCUCUCCUUCGUAGGAUAGCUGAGGCGGGACAACAAAGCGAGCUGGAUGCACGAGUUUCAAUAUGGACACAGCGGAUCGAGCAUGCCUUGGAAGAGCAGGAUAGAAGUCCACCGUUCGAUGUCGGUUUAUACGGGGAGCAAAUCCUUGACACACUCUCAUCAAGAACCGACACAGGGACCGCAUCGUUCAGUCAGAUUGUUAGCGGCAAACCAAAGUACGAGGUUGCUAGAACGUUCUCCGCCCUUCUCCAGUUGGUGAACGGCAGAUGCGUUGAUCUAGACAAAGGACAGGUCAUGAACGAAUUGGUGUGUUACACGGCUGCCAACCCGUUCCAUGUAAAGCUGAUUGGUCCCAACCGUAGGCCAGAGAUGGAGGCAUGUUUCACGCGCAAGAGGGUCAAGUCCCCUGAACGACGAAGUUGUGAUGAAGGGGGCGAGCCGUCUCAGGUGCAACUGAAGAAGAAUGCGCCUAAGAAUGGCAAGGUCUCUUCGGUUAAGGUCGCAGCGAGGUUGACCCCUGAAGGAAAACGGAGGCGAAGGUCUGGUCCGCUGCUGCAGCCAUUCAGUCUGGAGUCCAGCUGA